AGUCUCGCGCUCGUGAUUGGUAUCUUCAUGAUAUGAGCACGGGUCUUCUCCACUAAUAAUCCACAGGUGUUAUCUGUUAGCGGCAAGAUUUGACCACCCCAGUUAGUAGCAAACUUUACCGCAAAGAUGUUCCGCUUUUUCAAUAUUCUGCCAGCCCCUCUGCAGAUGUGCGUGAGAUCAAUUUGCAUUCACCCCGUACCCGACGUUACUGAGGAUGAGAAAAGGGCGAAAAUUCAAAGCUCUAAUAUAGAACGAGAUUUGUUUGAACAAGCCAAGCUUGAGGUGAACGUGAUCAAAAUAUUGCUACUUGGUGCUACAGAGAGUGGUAAGAGUACCAUGGUCAAGCAGAUGAAGAUCAUCCACAGUCAUGGCUUCUCCAAGCCAGAGCUUAUUAGCUUCAAGGCUGCAGUGCUGGAUAACCUCCUGACCUCCAUGAAGUUUGUGCUGCGCGGCAUGGGACUGCUGAGGAUUAAUCUGGCCAACAAGAAGAACAAGGCCCAUGCCCGCUCUGUGCUGUCCUGUGGCCAGUGUUUCGGGAGGACGGGGAGCUGCUGCGUUUGUGGCCCUGUCUUUCUGUGCUCUCUGGGCCGACCAGGGUGUGAGAGCUGCAGCUGCCAGGGGCUACGAGUUCCAACUCAACGACUUCAGCGCUCUA